ACGAUAAAACAAAAGGAAAGGGAAAACAAAAAUAACCCGAGAAUGUCGGAGAAUGGAGAAGAAGAAUCGAGUGCGGUUAAGGGUUCGACAACUUUCGAUCUUCCCGAGGAAGUGCUGCAAAUCCUACCGUCCGAUCCGUUCGAGCAGCUCGACGUGGCCCGCAAGAUCACGUCCAUUGCCCUUUCGACACGUGUCUCGUCCCUCGAGUCAGAGUCGACGGAUCUCCGGGAAAAGCUCGCCGAGAGAGACAGAGCAAUAGCCGAGCUUCAGUCUCAGGCCGAGUCGCUCGAAUCUUCUCUCUCCGACGCCUUCGAGAAUCUCUCUCGGGCCGACCGAGAAAAGGAGAGUUUGCUGAGAGAGAACGCUUCGUUAUCUAAUACCGUGAGGAAACUCCAAAGAGAUGUAUCGAAGCUCGAGGUUUUCAGAAAGACGCUUAUGCAGUCUAUCCGAGAGGAUGAAGAAAAUGCAGGAGCUACACAAAUCAUUGCCAAACCAACCCCAAAUGAUGAUGAAUCUCCACUGCUUCCUUCAGGACAUUCUUCAAUCCGUUCUCACGCUUCUGAAGCCGUUGAAUCAUCUUCAAAUGACAACGAGACUGAUGCAUCUAAACCCAGCUUCCCGUUAGUAUCCCAGAGAAGUAGUACACCUCGGCUUACUCCUCCGGGAUCUCCACCGAUCUUGUCAGCUUCUGCUUCCCCAACUAGAACAUCUCCAAAACGUCAUGCGAUGUCAUUCUCUACCUCGAGAGGCAUGUUUGAUGAUAGAUCUUCAUUUUCAGAAGCUGGUUCCUACACGGGGCGAACUCGGGUUGAUGGAAAAGAAUUCUUCCGUCAAGUCAGGAGUCGUCUGCCGUAUGAGCAGUUCGGUGCAUUCAUGGCCAAUGUGAAGGAAUUCAAUGCCCACAAACAAACCCGAGAAGAGACGCGUCUCAAGGCCGAAGAGAUUCUCGGACAGGAAAACCAGGAUCUUUACCUUAUAUUCCAAGGUUUGAUCACUCGUCACGUUCACUGAGCUUCUUUCUUGGUCGUAAAAUAUAUACACAUACACAAUAAAUCGAAGUGCACUACUAACACUUGUUGAUGUAAUUGUUCUCUGUGGUGUAUCUGUUGAAGAUACAUGUAUUUAUUUUUUUAUUUUUUUGCAUAUACAAGUUUUUAUGAGUUGUACAAUAAUGUCCUAUGGAUAUAUA